AUGGCGUCCGAGGGCGACAACAAGAAGAUGAUCACCCUGAGGAGCUCCGACAACGAGGAGUUCGAGGUGGAGGAGGCGGUGGCGAUGGAGUCGCAGACCAUCCGCCACAUGAUCGAGGACGACUGCGCCGACAACGGCAUCCCCCUCCCCAACGUCAACUCGAAGAUCCUCUCCAAGGUCAUCGAGUACUGCAACAAGCACGUCCACGCCGCCGCCAAGCCCGCUGACGCCGCGGACGCCAACACCGCCGCCGGCGGGGGUGGCGAGGACCUCAAGAACUGGGACGCGGAGUUCGUCAAGGUGGACCAGGCUACGCUCUUCGACCUCAUCCUGGCUGCCAACUAUCUGAACAUCAAGGGAUUGCUGGACCUGACCUGCCAGACGGUGGCUGACAUGAUCAAGGGCAAGACUCCGGAGGAGAUCCGCAAGACGUUCAACAUCAAGAACGACUUCACCCAAGAGGAGGAGGAUGAGAUCCGCAGGGAGAACCAGUGGGCCUUCGAGUGA